UGUUAAUUCAACUUGAAGCUUUGAAAAAAGCAAAUAUAUAGUCAAACAGUUUAUGAUUUUUAAAGUUUUAAAAAUUUACGAUGACAAACGUUGGGAAUAAAAAGUUACUUUUUCGAUGAGUCAUAUUAUUUGUGAUAACGACAAUUAUUAAUGGGAAGGUGAGCGAAUUUACAAGGUGGGUCGUAAAUAUUGCUUGUCUUCUUAUAAAAUUUCUUCUUAAGAAGCUUGACCAAAUGUGAUGUGACCAAAUAUAAAAUUUAAUCUAAGAUGUGACUAAAUUCAGACAAGAUGUGACCUAAGACUUGACUAAGACUUGACCUUUAAAAUGUACUGUCUACACUCUGAAAGAAAAGAAUUCUUUGGAUACCUACGGUGUAAAUAAGGAUUAAUGACUUGGAAAAUUUUCUAUUGAUAAUGUCAAACGUAAACAACAAAUUACCGCUUGAUGUUUGCGGCGUAGUUUAUUGCUCUUACAGUUCACGGCACUUUAAUUAUAGAAAAAAACUUGGAUGCACUUUAACGCCAUUACUACAAAUAUUUACAACCCUGACGGCGUUAUUGGACUUUCUGACGUUUAGAUGGUCAGGUGGAAAUUAGCGCAUAAAUAAGUGUUGAAUGUGUUGAAGAUAUUUACUAAAUUUUAUUUAAUAAUGUCUACGGAAGAUUUUUACUUACGUUAUUAUGUUGGCCAUAAAGGAAAGUUCGGUCACGAGUUUUUGGAAUUUGAAUUCCGUCCUGAUGGUAAACUACGCUAUGCCAACAACUCCAACUAUAAAAACGAUACAAUGAUUCGUAAGGAAGCAUUUGUGCAUCAAUCCGUAAUGGAGGAAUUGAAACGUAUAAUUAUGGACUCAGAAAUAAUGGCAGAAGACGAUUCGCCAUGGCCGCCACCGGAUCGCGUUGGAAGACAAGAGCUGGAAAUUGUGAUUGGCGAUGAGCACAUAUCCUUUACAACUUCCAAAACUGGUUCAUUAGUGGAUGUCAACCGUUCGAAAGAUCCCGAAGGCUUACGUUGCUUUUAUUAUUUAGUGCAGGAUCUUAAAUGUUUAGUUUUUUCACUCAUCGGCUUACAUUUUAAAAUUAAACCAAUAUAAAAAGUAUUGCAUUCAUUUGACGAAUAUUUAUUCAUUUUCCAGUUUUUGUUAUUCUUAGCAAUUACGUACACAUUAGCGAACUUAAUGAAAUAAUAUUUUUUAAUAAAAUUAAAUAAUUAUAUAUUAAUAUUUAUUAGCGAUAUUAACACAGACUUUAUUACAUGCUCAAUUAUGUAGAAAAACAGAGUUGCAUUCCAUUUUGCUUUUUAUCAGGUGUACGAAACCGCAGUAUAUGCUUUUUGAGAUUCAUACAAAGAUCGAAUAGAAAUCGGAAAAAGGAAGCUAAACAAAUAAAAUUAAAUGU